CGGAGGCUGGCGGGGGUGCGCGGCGCGCCUCGGCGGCGCGGCGCGGAGCGGAGCGGAGCGGAGCGGAGCGGCGCGAUGGAUGAGGACGGGCUGCCCAUCGUGGGCUCCGGCAUCGACCUCACCAAGGUUCCUGCUAUUCAGCAGAAAAGAACGGUAGCAUUUCUAAAUCAGUUUGUGGUUCACACAGUGCAGUUUCUCAACCGAUUUUCUACUGUUUGUGAAGAGAAAUUGUCAGCACUCUCUCUCCGUAUCCAACAAAUUGAAACAACGCUCAACAUCUUAGAUGCAAAGUUGUCCUCUAUUCCUGGCCUAGAAGACGUCAAAUUUGAAGUGUCAAAUGUAAAUAUGAAUAGUGUUACAAAUGGUCCUGUUUCACAAGCUGCUACAGAUCAACAGAAAACUGUAUCACCUCAGUCUGGACAGAACAAUAUACAUGAAGAAGGGUUACAGAAGAUGGAAGUAGUAACAGAAAAUAUCAGAACUGUUGCCAAAGAUCCAAGAUAUGCCAGAUAUCUCAAAAUGGUACAAGUGGGUGUUCCUGUAAUGGCAAUACGAAACAAAAUGAUUUCUGAGGGGCUAAAUCCAGAUCUUCUUGAGACCCCAGAUGCCCCUGUACCUGCUUGGGGAGAUGAUGGGAAUGCAGAAGAGAGUUCUGAUAGUGAAUCUUCAUUUAGUGACUAAAGAGACUGGUUUCAGCCUUUGGAAACUUCUAUUAAAUGCUACUAUGUUUGAAGCUUUAGCGGAGAAUGUUAUGUUUGGGGCCAUAUGGAUGAUGAUUUAUCUAACAGCUUUUCUUAGCACUCAAGUCUUCCAUCUUCUCUCCUAGAAAGUUUGAACAGACAGAGUGUUAGACCUGACCCUUUCCACCAUGAGAAUUAAUCAUGAGAUCCUUGCAGUUGUUGAUAGUGCAUUACUUUAGAUGCUUUUCUGAUUCUUCUGAAAUUACUAAAAAUUCCACACCUCGGAAACUCCAGUUCUCUAAGACUGCAUUGUAGUCAUUAUUAAACUUCCUAUGUAACACUCUUAGUCAAAGUUGCCAUCUUUCUGUCCAAUAACUUAGAAGCAGAGUAACUUUUCAAAUGAAAUUAUUAAUUGUAAACUGAUGAACUACAAUUAUUUUGUUAUAUACUGUAACUGAAGUGAUGGAACAAGAAUUUCACAGAAGAGUCAACUAUUGUAUGAUGAUUCAAAUCAGUGAUAUUCGUUUCUCUUUGGAGAGAAAUUGAACUACAAGUGGAAGAAUACAAUUAAAAAUCUGAAUCUAUUUUCAAGGUGUAUAUUGCUACCCAGUUUCACUUUAGAGUUGUUACAGAAAUUCCUGCACUAUAGACAAGUGGAUUUAUCAGAUUCAUGUUAGAGUGGUGUACGAAGCUACAAAUGUUGCAAGAUAGUUUUGAAAAUGGCACUGUUGAAGUCAGCCACUGGGAGAUUAUUAAUGGAACACCUGAGUCUCACUGCUUAUUCACUAUCAUACAGGUCGGUAGAAGCCACUUUCCGACAGCUGUUUGGCUCAUAUGAAAUGGGCUGUAGCUGUGCAGUCCACACAGGAUAAGAAAUCACCUCCAAGUUGGUGCUGUUGGUGGUAAUUUCAGCAAAGAAGCCAAAGUUCAGUUUAUAUAAUGAUAAACUUCUUCACCACCUCUUGAGGUAUGCAUUGGUGAACAAUAUGAAGAAUUCACUCAGAGCUUGUCUAACCCACAAUAUGGAUCAUCUCUCUUCCCUCCGAAGUACUUAAUCGACGACAUGAGUCAAAAAUGACAUUUCGUUAAAGAAUCAUCUUUAUUUAAUUUGUUCCACAUGAAAUUCUUUGCUGUCUGUUUGAAUCCCUCAUAUUACUGUGAUUAUACCAGAAUGCUGUGGGCCAGAAAAUCGUUCACUUUCUGCUAUUUCACAUUCUUCCUGAGAGCAAGAAAAGACUAAAAUUGUUGCCCUGAAUAUAUAAAUUUGUUAACUUUUAUGACUGAAUCAUUAUCUCCUCUCUUACUUAUUUAUGCCAUUUUAAUAGGUUAACUAGUUUUUUUCUUUAAUUUAAACAUGGCUCCAUUUGAGUCUAGCAGAUGUAAUUAAGCUAUUCAUAACUUGUAUAUCAAAAUAAUACAUGAAUUCCUAGAAGAGAGUAUCUAUACUAGGGAAUGUCUAGAGAUGGUAUUUCAGUGAAGAGUAAUUUUUACUAAACACUUAACAGAAGUGUUCAAUAACUAACACGUGGCAAAACUUGACAAGUGUUAACAUAUUAGCAAUAACUAUUUCAAAAAUGAAUGUUGUAAUGGUAUUUCAGAAACCAUGUGUUAAAAUACUGUUAACUUUAUGAAAUCUAUAUUUGAAAACUCAUUGAAGCAAUCUGUAUAAUUAAAGUUAUGUUUUGUAAACCAAAA